UGAUUAGUAAUUGAAUCUUCCUGUUAAUGAGCCCUGAUGUUAUGAGGCUCAUAUUCAUGGGUAUUUAUUUGUGUAUGUGUGUGUAAAGUUGUGAGCAGGGGAGCUUGGGUGAAAUGAAGAAUGAGGCUGUGGCACUGGGUGGCACUGCCAACCCUCUGCUGGCAGGCCUAGAGCACUACAUGGAGGCCAGUCCACCAGUAGUGGGCCUCAUGAAGAGCUGUGAUGGUGACCAAGUUUCUGCUGAGACAGCAUCACUGUCCCUCAGUCCUUUGGCUGCCCAGAUGGAUUAUGAACUCCAGGAAGCUUUAAGGGAAUGUGAAGAUGAAAUGGCUGCUCUUGGCAUAUCUUUCCAUGCAGACACAUGGACUGCAGGUGAUCUGGACAGGUUUUUCUCUGUAAGUGAUGAGAAAAAUCAAACUGAGAAAGCUGAAGUCAAAAAGGAUUUUGGUUCAUCUUCACAUAAACCUGCCGAAUUUCAUGAAGGUUGCCAUGGAAAUGAUGGAGCGCACACAAAUGACUCAUCAGCGGGUGAAGAGGGGGUGUUUAGCUUCAGAGAUUAUGUUCUAGAAAGAAAGCAAAGUUAUACAUGUGCAGCUGGAGCUGAGGUUGUCAAAAACAUUGAGGAUAUAACAGAAAACCACAGUGAAGAAGCAAGCCAGCUGUCAGAGGCAGAACAGCAAACAAAGUCAGAGAUAGAGACAAAAAUAGACACAGCUGAGAACAUAGCUGGUCAACAAAACACACAUACCAUAUGGACAGGUACACAAACAACAUCCGAGAUUGAUGCGGAAAAGGAAACUCUUACCCAGGAUCAAUCAAUACAAGAUAUCUGCUCUUUGAAAAACACCCUGGACGGUGAGAGUUCACAAGAUGAAGACAGAAUAAACGUUAUAGCACAGACAACCCAGAGAGAAACAGGAAUAAUUCAAGAGACAAAUCCUUUGAAUGAAGAAGUCAGAAGUUCUGAAAAAGUUACACAGAUGAUUCAGAACUCAGAUGAAAUAAAAAUAGAGACACAUAGUCAGUUAAUUAGUGAUUUACUGGAUCAACAUUCUGGUCACACGUUGCAUUUAGAAGCUAAAAUAAGCAUACAACCAAACAUACAGAAACAGGUGGAGUCAGGGACACGUCAGCAGAUAAAUGGACAGAUAGAAACAAACACAAAAGUAGGAUCAAGCCUUGACCAUCAAAGACAGGAAUUAGGACUCCCAGAACAGCUGAGUCCUGAGGGUAAACAAUUGAUCUGCUCCCCACCUCCAGAACCCGAAGCUCAUCUUUCCCUGGCUAAGGCUCCACCUGCCCGGUUACUGGACUCUCCACAGGGGCCUGAGCAAAAUGAUAACCAGGAUCAGACAGAUGGACCCUGCAAAUCAAUAUCAGAUGGUGAAACCAUACACCACAACCACUGUACAACAGGGGAAGUCAAAGAUGAGAAAAAUGUGUCUGCUGUUGUGAUUGAUUUCUGCCAAGCUACAACAGCCCCUGAACAUGAGCCCAUAGGGAGAUGUGACUUAGAGAUAUAUCCACUGGAGCAGGAGAAUGGACCUCCUUUAGGCGGUGGAGCUGGCGCACACGCACCACUGUGGGGGAAUUCACACGCUUUGAGCCGAGCCGGUGCAGAAGAGAAGGAGGAGGAAGAGAGUGCCCUUGAACGGGCUUCAGCAGAGUCCACUGCCUCCACAUUGCUACAAACAACACCCACGAUGCCAGAAAUGAUAGAAAGCGAGGGAGAGAAGAAGAGAGAUGAUAGCGGUGAUGCGUUCCAAAGUGCCGCAAUAAUAUUACAAGCAGCAGAGAGAGAAUCAGCAGUGCUGGAAGCGGAUGAGUCUCCGAGCUCAGAGGAAACAUUAAGUGAAUUUAUAGCUGAAAAGGGACAAGAAUGCACCUCAGUAAUUUUUCCAGACAUUAAGUGCUCACCUGUUCAGAAAGAGGAGGCGACUGAGGAGAGCUGUAGCAACUCGACGGAGAGUGAAGGGAAGGGUGGGGGUCUGCCGAUCGCACUCUCCCCAGCCGGAGACAAGGAUACAGGCACGGUCGGCACAGAGGACAAAGCUCUGGUCACCUAUUCCUCUCCAUGUGUCCUUGUAACAUGUGACUGGAAGGUGGAGAUUUCCCGAUCAAAGGAGAGAAAAGAAGAGAGCGAAGAGGAGGGGAAAAAGGCAAGCGAAGGCGGAGCACAGAACACCGCAAAUGCCGGCAGGGUGUCACAGACAGAGGCAGCGACCGAGACGUGUCCAUCCCAUCGCAUCACAGCAUCACCAACGGCAACACAAGACCAGAGUGACCUCAUCCAUCCUGUCACAGCAGGCACAGCCCCAUUUCCUCUGACCAUCAACAGCAUAAACGACUGCGACUCCAUCAGCCCACCCCCUCCUCUUUCCCACAUAAACUCUACAAAGACUGAAGCGCAGAGGGAAGAAGAAGCUAAUCUGAAUCUGAGCCCAAUUGCAUCAGGAGCAGACCUGCCAGGCAGUGAUAGAUCACUUCCACCAGCAGUUUCUUUAGAAAACGAAUGUCUCUCUGCGCAAGCCAACGAUCAACAGGUACAGAGCUCUUCACAGACUAGAACCGCAAGCUGUGACACAUCCGUCAAGACAGAGACACAGCAACAAAAACAAGAAAUAACUCCUACAAGUGAAGACACAUCUCAAUCUACUAAGCUACAAGUAAACAUGAGGGAUAUCGCCGCAAGUUGUACCAAAGUGGAAGGGUCUCCAAAAGGUAUGCAGAGCUCUUUUGAGAACCAAAAGGAUACAACACUGAAAUGCCAAAUGACUGAAUGUGCCUCUUUGCCCCCAUUGAUGGUAUUUGAAAGUCUACAUCAUCCAGUAAAAGAGGCUAGCUUCAACUUUAAAGGUUUUCUCAGCAUCAGCAAACCAGCACUUCUUCUUCAGACAGAGCCGAUCACUGGCCAGAGAAAUACUGACCUGCAUGGCGCAGAAAGGGAACAUACUGCCUCUGAAGAAGAAGGUAAAGAUGAAAAAAAUGGAAAGCAGAGAGAAAAAGUGGAAAUGACAUUUAAAGAGCCAAAGGACUGCAGAGAAAUGACCAGUACAUCUCAAACACAGGGUGAUACUACUGUAAAACUUGGAGAAAAUGUUAAUGUAAAUAUGAGUAGCUGUGAAGACGAUGGAAAAGUGACAGAUGAAACUCCUGAUGUCAGCAAGGGAAAUCCUGUUUCAUCACUGUCAGCUGCAGGUGAGACCACCUGUGUUAAUGAAUCUAAGGAUGUGGUUAAUGAAACUCUGGAAGCAACUGAAGUAAGUAAAGAGAAGCAAGAAAAUAAAGAAUGCUUGAAUGUUACUCAGAUCACGCCAAAUAAUACAGAUGAGUCAGCAUCCACUGAGAAGAACAGUGUUUUACUACCGGAUGUAUCUCCACAAGAGGGUCGUAACAGCAGCCCUGCUGUGGAUGGUGAGCGGGCUGAUAUGACUGAGUCUGAAGGAGUUGAACAAAGACAUACAGAAAUUCUACUUACCACCAAGGAAAAGCUGGAUGAAUCAAAGGGAUGUGGGUUGCCUGAAGCAAGUGAUAUAGAACUAACAUGUCCAGGUAAUUCAGAGAAUCUUGUGAAUGAUAGUCGAGAGCAUGAGUCAAAGCCAGAAAAAUACACAUGUGAAGUUGAGUCAAAGGUAAAAACCAGCUCCAUGUCUCCAGCAGCUGCCCCAGACAUAGACAGCAUGUGCCCUUGCACUCAACCAGACAAGAAAUCCAACACCGAGCAGCCUACUACAAUCUCAGAGAUGCAAUUUCUGUCAAAAGUAGAUAAGUGUGACGACAUGCUGCCCUAUCAGACUGAAUCACAGUUCAGUAAUGAAAUGAUGAAAAAUUAUGCAGCAGAUGCUGGGGACAAAACUGUCCCUUCUCUUCCUGCAGCGGAGACUACAGUAACAGCACAAAGGGAUCUUUCCUCAACUACCACACAAAGCACUAACAGUGAUGCCAGGGAUGUGUCUGUCAUUGUACUAAAGGCUCCAGGCCCAAUGCUGAGUCACUGUGAGUCCGUUAAUGACUGUGAUAUUGCUGUAGCAGGACCCGUGGAGGAUUGCAGUGUGAACUGUGUGUGUGAUUCUGACACAGAGAUUGUUAAGAAUAUUACAGACAAAUCUAAUCAACAACUGGAUGUGAAUGAAGAGAGGUUAAGAUCUCAAAAUGCAGAUGAUCUGCUUUACUCUGUUGGUGUCUCCACACAGGAAAUUGCAGCAUCAUCUGGGAACCAUUUGCUUACAACUGACAGACCAGAACAGGCAGGUGAUUCACCGCUAGUGUUAAAGAACCCAGAUAUUGUUGGAAAUGCAAAGAUGAAACAGAAUGACGGAUCUAAGUGUGUUGGAGAAUUGGAGGUUGUUAGAAAAGAGAAGAGUGAAGGACAUUUAAAUUCUGUAUAUGAAAAUGAUUUAUGCAAUGCACCGACAAAUGCUACUACAGAAAAUGAGGUUAUUAAUAACGACACAUCUGAAGAAUUCAAGCACAUGAAAAGGGGAGAGGACAACAAGGAGUGUGUAAAGGAAGCCGAAGAAAAAUUCAAUGCAGAAAAUGAAACCAGUUCCUCUCAGGAAGAAGGGAUUGAACAAAAAAAUGAAAAGCAGGGUGAAAGGAAGGAACAAGAAGUAAUGCCUUUUAAGGAGCAGAAGCAUAAUAAAGAAGAGACAAAUUCAUCUGAAACAUCCUGUGCUAAUGAAACACUUAAUUCUCAACCUGCUUUGACAAUGCAACAAAGUCCUAAUGAUGAAAUCAAAUGUGAUUCACUCCUGCUGCACUUGGAGGACAAUCUCGCUACACUUCUGACUGAGGAACCUGUUCAACAUGUGUCUGACAAUGUAAAAAUGAAUAAAAGUGUAUCCAAAAGAUUCAGUCAGGUGAUGGGAGGAGAGCAAAACGGGGAGAUUGUGCAAGAAAAUGAGGUACAAAAUGUAAAAUCCAUUGCAGAAAAGGACAGCAAAAAAAGUGCAAAUACCUCUCAAGAACAGAAUGAGACUGCUGCAAAAGAAAACGCUGAUCAAACACAAGGAGAAAAUCAGACAUUAAUAAAUCUCUCCAAUCUAUCAGGAGAAAAAAAACUAUUAGAUGAAACCAUUCCAAGAGGAAAAUUGCAGUCUAGCCGCAUGCCUGAUCCUGGUUUAACUUCUGAAGGGAUUAUAGAAGAGGCUCUGAGUUGUGGAGGGGCUGAAAAAUCUCCUCCAGUCGUUGAUCACACCCUGUCUGCAGUGGUGAAUGCUUCUCCCGAGAGAGACCACACACAAGAUCCAAGGGGUUUGAGCCUGUCAGAUUUGGCAUUUUCACAAUCCGGAGAGCUCCAGCUGCAACAGAACUUUAUGAGUGCCCCAGAAGCAAUGUUAAGUGUGAGUAAAAGCAACAUUUUAGAAAAUGCUGAGACCAAUAAUCAUGCAAAUGCUGAGGCAAGUGAAAAGCAAGAGAAGGUGGUUAUGUAUUGUAGUGCAGAGGCUCCAAGAUCCCUAAACAGCACAUCAGAGAGUGCCGCACUGGUGGGGGGCUAUAACAAAGAUGUUGCUGUGUUCAAUAUAUGUCCAGAGAAUGAAAAGAAGACAAUACAAACAAUAGAUCUUAAUGGUGGGAGAUUUCCUGUUUGUGGUGAAAGCACUUCAAAUGAAAUCCAAACUCAGUCAGCUCCCAACUUGUCUGUAACAGCAUCGUCAGCUUCUGAAACUUCUAAAGUCAAACGGGUUAUAGAGGCUACAGAGGCAAAAGAACCUGCCAUCUCAGCAUCACAGGAAAGUGUGAGUAAACAUGCAGAUUGUACCAAAUCACAGGUCAGCGCGGAUGAACAUGGCAAUGUGUGGAACGAAAUCCCUGACACCAAGAAAGGCUCAGAAUUUCCUGUAAAUCACUCAAGUGGGUUCUCUGUGAGUCCCACCCUCUCACACCAUGAAGCAGGACUAAAAACAGAAGAGAAAUGUUUCGACUCCGUUACCCCUGGAGACACUGGAAACACUGAGAUCAGUUCUGAUUCAAUGAGUGAUGUUGCACAGAUGUCUACAGCAGGAACUUCCCAAAUUCAGCAAGAGAAAGAAUUCGUUUUUCAGUCCUCUGAUUGCCAGCUCUCCACCACCACAUCUUCUGCUUCUGUGCUCCAAAAAUGUAUUAAAGAGGAAAAAGAGAUAAGUGUGGAUCAGGCCCCUAAAGAUGCACUAGAACCUAACACUCCUAAUUCCACUCCCCAGUCUGAGACAGCUGCCUGGAGGAUGGAGCAGCUUAAUAAGCAUUUGUCAGAGCAAUUCCCAGAUGGUACCCAAAACACAGACGAGCAGAAUACACAGUGUUCUGAACAGCAGUUACAACAUGUAAGAACUUGUUUGGACACUGAAAAAACAAUCAGUUCUAUGAAAGAAGAAGACACCAUUUCAAAUGACGUACAACAGCAAGAAGGAAUUCAAGAAGAGAUAAGUAAACAGAUGGCGGAUGAAGAAAAGAACAAGGCCAUUGAAAAUGAUCACAUAGAAGUGUCCAAAGGGGCUGAACCCAAGUCUUCACAGUCUAUAAUUGAAGAAAGCAUCUCCAAAGAAAACCAAAGCAAGUUGGAGGAGCAGUCUUUAUUUUCCCCUGUUGAAGCAAUAGUCGAUAAUGUAGACCAGCAAAUUGAAGAAGUUUCUAAUGGAUCACUGACAGAAAUGAAAGAGGCUGUGCCAUUGUUAUAUCCUGAGACCUCUAUCUGCUUUGUGACUGACCCCCAGGAUUCCCUCCAGUCCCCUCCUGCAGUCAAUCAACAGUGUAGUCAGCAGCCCACUAAGUAUUUUAUCCAAAACUUACGUGAAAACGCCACAAAGAAAGUUGAAAGUAGCAGUGAGCAAAGUCCAAACAUAGCAGAUAACUCUCCUGGAGACAUAGAAUCCCUUCUUAUCAAAAAAACAAUAGAGAAAGAUGACAGGGAAGCUAUUGAAGAUGAAGUCAGCAAGGUGUCAACAGCUGCAGAUGUGUUGCUGGGUUCAGGCACAGGAACAGAGCAGAUAUCACAGGUUAUCGACAGUUCAGACAGCCAAAUCCUAAGUGCAGUCUUUGUACCUGAGAGGUCAGAUGCAGUCAACUCCUCUGACGGUUCUGAUUGGCUCAGAGCUCUGAAGGAGGCAGCCUUCAUGUCUCAGAUCAUUCCAGAGCACAGAGAUGAGUCUACCUGUGGAUCUACAGAAAACAGACCAUUUGAGACCCUCCGUUCUCCUCAGACUGAUCUAGAAUUCCGAACCCCAACUGAAGAAUAUUUUCCCACUGCUCCUGAAGAGAGUUUCCCCCCGUCACCCGAGGAGAGUUUUCCUGCUGCUCCUGAAGAGAGUUUUCCUCCAGCACCCGAGGAGAGUUUUCCUCCAGCACCCGAGGAGAGUUUCCCUCCUGCUCCUGAGGAGAGUUUCCCUCCUGCACCUGAGGAGAGUUUCCCUCCUGCACCUGAGGAGAGUUUUCCUCCUGCUCCUGAGGAGAGUUUUCCUCCUGCUCCUGAGGAGAGUUUCCCCCCUGCACCUGAGGAUAGUUUUCCUCCUGCACCUGAGGAGAGUUUUCCUCCUGCUCCUGAGGAGAGUUUCCCCCCUGCACCUGAGGAUAGUUUUCCUCCUGCACCUGAGGAGAGUUUUCCUCCUGCUCCUGAGGAGAGUUUCCCCCCUGCACCUGAGGAGAGUUUUACCCCUAUUACUAAGCAGCCAGAAGAACCACCAGACUGCAGGUCUCCUCUGGUAGAGGCUGCUGAGAGCAGUGAGCCUGUCCCCUCUCCCUUAUCACCCCUACCACAGCACAACACUGCUCCUGCCCUCCCUGCCCACCUGCUCCAGGACACAGUCAAGUUCCCCACACCGCCCCCUACCCCUCUGGACAGGGCUCCCCCUGAGCCUCAGACCCUUCCUCCUGCUCGUGCUCCUUCUGGUCUACCCGAGACUCCCCCUGCUGCCCCUGUGCCUCCUCAAAUCCAACAGCUCCAGCACUCUGAGCCUUCAGCAAGGAGUUCAGACUCAGAUGGAGCGUUUGAAACCCCUGAGUCCACCACCCCUGUGAAGUCUGCUUCCCCACCAGUGCCCCCAACAGAGCCCCCCUGCACCAACUCAGAGGCAUUGUCCCAAGAACACACAGCUUCCAUUGCUGACAUCUCUGCCAGCGAAGCUCAAGACCCAAAUCAGCUUCAAUCUCCCAGUCGCUCUCAAUCUACAGUCUUUGAUGAGGACAAACCAAUAGCUGCUAGUGGCACCUACAACCUAGAAUACUUAAUUGCUGAUGACCCCGGACCAUCAAGUCGAGCGCCUCUCACCCGCUCUCUAAGCCUACAGUCUGGUGAGUUAGAGAGCCCAGGAGACAAAUCCUCGGGAGGAACCUCCGACAAACCCAUUCACCCACGAGCAGAGUCUUUCAGCAUAGGAACAGAAAGUGCUCCGGGAACUCUUCGUAAAGUGAAGAAGCCACGUCCAGGUUCCCUAAAGAAGAAACCUCUUUCCCGGCAGAACUCAAACCCAGAGCAUACCUCUCCCAAAACAGUCUCCUCUAAUAGCACACCAGAGGAGAAAAAGAGAGGUAAACCACAGCCUGAAAGCCCCUUGCAAACUCAAGAGAGGCCUAGCUCCUCUCCCAGCCCUAGUCCUAGUCCUGCUGGUACCCUACGGAGGAAUAGGAUAAAGUCUCAAGUUGAAAGUCCUCCACCUUUGGUUGAGGAGGUCACUGCCAGCUCAAUAUCAACUCAACUCCAACUGGUUCUUCCUGAUCCAGUACCCAAGGCUCCAACUGUUCCAGACGAGGAGUCUCCUAUCCCUCCCAGUGCCUCCUACAAAUGGGAUCCGGACAACUUUGAGAAUAUUGACCCAUUCCGUACAGGAGGCAGUAAAGUUGCCAACUCGCCGGUCUUGGGCAGGAAAGCCGACUUUACAUCGGUUUCAGACACUCCUGUUGCUGUAGAGGAGCCACGUGCCUCUUCCCCUGCUAAAGAGCAACCCAUCAACAUUGAGGAACAGCCAAUCACCAAGCGCCAACCAGUCAGACUGGAGUUUGACUAUUCAGAGGACAGUGGAGAGGCGCCACGCAAUACUCCUCCUCCUAAAAACCUAGGCAAGAAACCAGGGGCCAAGAUGCCUAUCCGAAAGCCCAAACUGGGGAUUAAGAAGGCCCCUCCACCACAGACAGAGCAGCUAGACAAUGCACCUGUCCCUGCACUUUCAAAUGACAUUGAUGAUAUCCCGAUCCCCAAGGGGUUAAAUAACUUUGAUCCCAACAAGUGGGAUGACCCUAACUUUAAUCCAUUUUCUUCAAACACUGGUGUCCCCAACUCUCCUCGCCUGUCUAGAGGAUCUUACAACUUUGAUCCUGGCUCCUUUGAUGGCUCAAUCGAUCCCUUCAACUCAACCAAUAAGAUGGGAAACUCACCUCCGAAAGCUGCAACUUUUGACAAAUCCAACGACACAGAGAAUGACAAUGAUAACAUUGUUGAGUUGGAGGAUCACAACCAGAACAAACCUGCCAAAAACAAGAAGAAGCCUCUCAAAUCUAACACUUUUAGAGUGAAGAAAUCACCAAAGAGGACUCAGAUUACUGAGCCAUCUGCUCAAUGUUGUCCUGUGUGCUCUCCACUCUCGCCCUCCACUUCACACACACAUAAUCACCUGCAGGAGCACUCGCCUGAUGCCAAUCCCGAGCCUUCACAAGAUCACGCCACAGAUGAGGAGAAACUGGCUUCCUCCACAAAUCAGAAAUGGACUAGACAUGACGUAGCGGUGGAGCUGACCUCUGACCCCCAAGAUCUCCCACAGCCGACUGACUUUACAGCUUUUGUCAGUGAGAACAGUUUACCAGCACAGAGUGAUGUUACAGACUAUGAGAUUGAAUACAUGGAAAAGAUUGGCUCCUCCGCACCUCCUCUCUCGGUGAAGAAACCAUCACUUUAUCUAAAGCUGGACUCUGUGACAGACAGUCCAACAAAGACUUCCAACAUGCAAGAUUCAGAGCCCAACUCUCCCUGCACUGGGAGCUUUGAGGAGAUGGAGGCUCAGAUCUCACAGGGGAAAUCACCUGUGCUGCCACCACGUGGUGCUCGUGACUCCUUGGCCUCAGAAAAAAGCAGAAAGAGAGACAGCCAGUCUCAGAGUCGAACGCAGAGCAAUGAGAGAGAUGGAGCGUCCCCCAUCCAGGGCCCCAUGGAUCCCUCAGAUCUACCCCUCUUAGACAGACUGUCUGAUUCACCUGCCCCUCUCAGCUACCUGGAGCCUGAUCUGGCAGAGACCAACCCCACUGCCUUCGCUCAAAAACUGCAGGAGGAACUGGUGCUCGCAGCCCUGAGGAUAGAGGCUCUACAGGUAGCCAAAAACAUCUCUCAGAGCCCCACUUUGUCCACUGUGCCCCCUCAGUCUCGCCUCAAGAAGCCCAGCCCACGCCGCUGGAAUCUCAACGGUUCUCACAUGGCUAAAAAAACUGCAGGAAAAUCUACACAGACAGAUAGCAAACUCUGUCGCAGGACGUCCCGUAUUCCACAGCAGAGAGAAACGGCCUCACCAGGGGACAGCGGGGUUUCGAAGAGCUCCCUCUAUUCACGAACAGGAUACAUUGAAGGGGAAAGCCCUCAUCUGCCACGUGACAUGGACCACUCUCUUGGCAUUGCCCGAGAAGAGAUUGUUGUGAAAGAGAAAGAAGCCAUGGAGUGGAAGAGAAAAUAUGAAGAGAGUAGACGGGAAGUGGAGGAGAUGAGGAGGAUAGUUAUGGAGUAUGAGAAGACUAUUGCAGAGAUGAUUGGUAUGCCUGAGGGUGAACAGAGAGAGAAGACUCUAUCUCAUCACACUAUCCAGCAGUUGAUCCUGGAGAAGGACCAGGCUUUGGCUGAUCUCAACUCCGUGGAGAAAUCUCUCGCUGACUUGUUCCGUCGCUAUGAAAAGAUGAAAGAUGUUUUGGAAGGCUUUCGGAAGAAUGAGGAUGUGCUGAAGAAAUGUGCGCAGGAGUACCUGUCUCGUGUCCGUAAGGAGGAGCAGCGCUACCAGGCCUUGAAGAUCCAUGCUGAGGAGAAACUGGAUAAGGCGAAUGCUGAAAUCGCUCAGGUGAGAGUCAAAGCCAAGCAGGAGCAGGCAGCGUAUCAGGCCAGUCUGAGGAAAGAACAGAUGAAGGUGGACUCACUGGAGCGCACACUGGAACAAAAGAAUAAAGAGAUUGAAGAACUGACCAAAAUUUGUGAUGAACUGAUUGCCAAGAUGGGAAAGAGCUAGCCGUCCAUUCGACAGAGUUCUGUCUGUACCACAAAGGGACAAAAGAACAAUAACUGGACAAGAGUGUAAAGAUGGAGGAGCAAGGUGAAAUUGUUCCGGUAUUGUUUUUUCCUCUUUCUAAUGGACAGAACAAUGAACUAACCAAACAAAAGGAUCUCACACUACUGACGUCUUCACAUAAAACUGGAGUCCCUAGGACUGGCAGAACACUAGUUUCUGGCUGUAAUUAUUUUCUCUUCAUUUUAAUAUGUUAAUGUACACCACCUUACCAAUGUUGAGGGUCUUGUGAAAGUACUCCCCAUCAGUAGAGACUUUUUUGAGAGUCUGUAUAGUACACACACACGCAGAGAGUAUGUGUUUAUAGUGAGUCUGAGGUUAUGAGUGCUGUUGCCAUGACAACCACUGAUGGAGCCGACUGUUAAACUGAUUCCUGUGGUUCCCUCUUCUUAAGUUGAAAACAGAAAUGACCAGAGAGAAUAUAUAUACUAUAAAACAGAUGAAUUAAUCAUUCAGUUGUCACAAAGUGGUAUUCAUGAUCAUAAAAAAAUGCAUGUUGUUGGCCUUGACGGUUUUGUAAAUAUGAAAAUGACUUGAAAAUAGUAAAGGAACAUAACUGCAGAUUUUGAUACUGUUAGUUUAUCUGCUUCCUUGUGUAUCUUUGUAGAUACUUGUUGUUAAUUUGUUUCGUUGUCUUCUAGCAACACUGAUGUGUGAUUUUAUUUUUUGAUUUAUUUUGAUAUAUGAAUGAACCCACGUGUCACUGUCAGUGGUUCUGAGCUAAUUUAAUCUGAAUGGUUUUGUCUCAGUCAUGCUAUAGCUGAUGUUUCAGACAUAUGAAGCUCUGUCAGCUAUACAGGACAUGCUUACAAAGUGCAAUAAAAGAUGGCAAUACA